UGGCUAGAAAUUGGAAAGAUUAUAGUAUGGACAAUAUUUUUAUUGGUAUCAGACAUUUUGAAAAUGUAACCAAAAACAAAUUCGUGAGAACUUAGCUCAAAGUUGACAAUAUCAUACCAUAUAUUUUUUUUUGUUUUUCUUAUAUUCCAAACCAAAGAUAAUAAAAUUGAAAUUCUUUGAUAUUUAUCUUUUUCCUUACCUUAAAUCUGAGUUCCAAACAAAAAGAGUAAGUUUUGCUUGAUGGAGAAGAAAAACUAGUUUGUUUUUUCCAUCAAGAAGGAACACAAACCUGACUUUUAUUCUUCAAAUCAUAAAUAAUAAUAAACAAAUUGUACUGUUACUAGUGGCCUAGUGGCUCCUAGAUAGGUGGCGUCACACAAUUCAGAUAUAAAAAUCCUAUAAAUUAGAAGCCAUAUAUCUCAUUAUCAUAUUCAUAUUUCUCCCUACAUACAUAUCUCAUCUGCUAUAUCAAGUAAUAGCUAUUUCAUUUCUCUCUUCUAACACUCCUUAGUCCUUACAAAAAGUACCGAGUGUUGAGUAUUAUUGAAAGGCGUUUGGUUAAAACAAACAAACAAAUGUCGAGUAAUAAAGUUCCACUAUUGGAAGACCUAAAAACUCAAGAUAAUAACAACAAUGAUGAUUAUGAGGAACUAUCACUGCCUUGUAGAGUUAAGAUUGAAUCAAAGAAGCUAUGGCACAUAGUUGGCCCCGCAAUCUUCAGCCGAAUCGCCUCUUACUCUAUGCUCGUCAUCACCCAAGCCUUCGCCGGUCACCUCGGCGAUCUAGAACUCGCCGCUAUCUCAAUCGCUAAUAAUGUCAUCGUCGGAUUCGACUUCGGCCUACUCUUGGGAAUGGCUAGUGCUUUGGAAACGCUAUGCGGACAAGCCUACGGGGCUAAGAAGUACUAUAUGUUAGGGGUGUACAUGCAAAGGUCGUGGAUAGUGUUAUCCGUAUGCUGUGUUUUACUACUCCCAAUCUACCUCUUCGCCACACCUGUCUUAGAAGUGUUAGGACAGCCUCACGACGUGGCGGAAUUAUCAGGUGUGGCGGCGAUGUGUAUGAUUCCGCUGCACUUCAGCUUCGCUUUCCAAUUUCCUUUACAGAGAUUCUUGCAGAGCCAGCUAAAGACUGGAGUUAUCGCUUGGGUUUCACUGGCUGCACUCAUUAUGCACAUCUUCAUUAGUUGGCUCUUUGUGUACCAAUUCAAGCUUGGCGUUAUUGGCACCGCUUUAACAAUCAACUUCUCUUGGUGGACUUUGGUUUUUGGGCUUUUGGGCUAUACACUCUUCGGUGGCUGUCCGACCACUUGGGCCGGUUUCUCAAUCGAAGCCUUUUCUGGUCUUUGGGAGUUUACCAAACUCUCUACUUCUUCUGGGGUUAUGCUCUGCUUGGAAAAUUGGUAUUAUAGAAUACUGAUACUGAUGACUGGAAACUUGAAAAACGCUGAGAUUGCUUUAGACGCUUUAUCGAUAUGCAUGACGAUUAAUGGGUGGGAGAUGAUGAUUCCUUUGGCGUUCUUCGCUGGAACCGGAGUAAGAGUUGCAAAUGAGCUCGGAGCUGGAAAUGGGAAAGGGGCCAAGUUUGCGACCAUAGUAUCAGUUGUGACAUCAAUAGUAAUAGGGCUCUUCUUUUGGGUUUUGAUUAUGAUUUUCCACAAUGAAAUUGCCUUGAUAUUCUCUUCAAGCAAAGCUGUCCUUGAAGCUGUUAAUAAACUCUCUCUCCUCUUGGCCUUCACUAUUCUUCUCAACAGUGUUCAACCUGUUCUCUCUGGAGUGGCUGUGGGAUCUGGGUGGCAGUCGUAUGUGGCAUACAUAAACUUAGGUUGUUAUUAUCUCAUUGGAGUGCCGUUUGGGUUUCUGAUGGGGUGGGGAUUCCACCAAGGUGUUAUGGGGAUUUGGGCUGGCAUGAUAUUUGGAGGGACAGCAGUUCAGACCUUAAUAUUGGCCAUCAUUACCAUUCGAUGUGAUUGGGAGAAAGAGGCACAAAAAGCAAAUAAACAUGUAUUGGAGUGGGCAAGAGAAUCGAAGCAAGAAGUGAUGUAGUUAUCAAAAAAAAAAAUGAUUAUUAAUUAAUGUACUUUUGCCAUGCCAAAAAAUGAAAAGAAAAUCACGUGUAAUUUGGUAGGCAUUCUCUAAGGCAGUAUUUUUGUCACAAAUGAAAAUAUAAUAGUAUUAUUUAUAAUUUUGAAAUAAUCCAUUAAUUAAUUCGGGAUCACGUAAGAUUGAUGAACUAUAUUCCUUUCAAAAAGAUUGAUGAACUAAUUUUGCACUUAAUUUAUUGUGAACUAGACUUAAUUUAGUGUGAACUAUGUUAGUGUUGAAAGUUGGUUAGGACUUUACUGUUUAAAAGUUGGUUAUUUUCUGUUUUGUUCGUUUUGUUAGCUGUACUCCUGUAAUUGCUUCCAUCAUAUUAAUAAAGGCAUAUCAGUGAGAGGGUGUAGCUUUUGUUCAUUAUUACUCUCCCAUUAAGAAA